AUGGAGGACUUUCUCCAAGAGCUCGCCGAUCGCAAUGAGUACAUGACCUACCGAACUGCCAACUUCACCUCGGAGGAGCACCGGUCCUUCUCCUACGUCCACUUGUCCACCGGACAUAGCAACUGCCCUAGCCGCCGCAGUGGAAGCUCGACGGGCGAAAAGGUCCGCAUCUGGAUCCAGGGUGCCGUCCACGGAAACGAGCCCGCUGGUGGCGAGGCCGUCCAGGCGCUCCUCGGCAAGUUCGACAAUGACAACGAGUGGGCCAUGCAAGUCCUGGGCAAGGUCGAGAUUGUCAUGCCGCCUCGCUACAACCCCGACGGCGUCUUCUACUUCCAGCGAACUCUUGCCACCAACUUCGACCCCAACCGUGACCACAUCAAGCUCGCUCGGCAGCAGACCCGCGACAUCAAGCAGGUCUUUGGCGAGUAUAGUCCCCAUGUCGUCGUCGACAUGCACGAGUACACGGCCAGCUCCACCUUUGGCAAUGGACAGUACCAGCACGCUUCGGACGGCCUGUUCUCUGCGGCCAAGAACCUGAACAGCAACCAGGGCAUCCGCGAGCUGGCCGAGCAAAUCUUUGACAAGAAAAUGGGCGACGACAUCGAAGCUGCCGGUCUUCGUGCCGAGCCCUAUGUCACCGGUCGUUCCGCGUCCGGCGAGUUUGUGGCCGAUUUUGCCGAGGCAGGAACCGAUAGCAAGAUUGGACGCAACGCCAUGGGUCUCACCCAGGCCGUCGUGUUCCUGAUCGAUAUGCGUGGCAUUGGCCUCGCCAACCAGGAGUUCCAGCGUCGCACGGCGGCCGGCUUGACUAUGCUCACUAGCAUCGUGCAGACCACCACGGAUAAUGCGGACAAGGUCUUCCAGACCGUGGAGGGUGGUAUCAAGGAGUUUGUCGAGUCGGCCGACGACAUUGUCAUUACCGACCACAGCGAGUCGGAGAUCCGCCCUUUCUCCAUGGUCGACACCAAGAACGCCAGCGUCGCCCGUCCCCCUGUCCGCUUCGCCUCGACGACCCCGGCCAUUGCGAAUCUCACUCGCACGCGCCCUGAGGCAUACAUAAUCCCGGUGGCCUGGGCUGGUCCCGCGGAGCGUCUGCGUGUGUCAGGCCUGGAAGUGGAGACUCUUGAUACGCCCUUCAAGGACACUGUCGAGACGCUGAACAUUUUAUCUACAAAGAUUGACUCCUCGUACUAUGAGGGCGUUGUUCGCGUGGCUGCGACGACGGAGGCGGGCGAGCGCGAGAUUGAGCUGCCCAAGGGCAGUUUCAGGGUUAGCGUGAGGCAGAAGAACGCGGCGCUGGCGGUUGUGGCUCUCGCGCCCGAGAACAUUGACUCCUACGUGUCGUUCAACGUUGUUCCCGUGCAGGAAGGCGACGAGUAUCCGAUCUUCAGGGUUCUUUGA